AUGGAUUCUGAUCAAGCGCAUGAAUAUGCAUACAACCCCGGCCUCUCCGUUUCACACUGGCUGCAGUCGACUGAGCUCGACCAUGCCGACGACGACGUGGGAACCUCGCCCGAGCACUACUACUCCGCCUACACCACGACGACCGAGCACGCAGCAGCACCUCCCUCACCGCAACGCGGCCUCGACAUGCCCGCAGCGCGGCAGCGGCAGCCCAUGACGAACGGCGCGCGCUCAACCUCCAAAGCGGCCGUGAGGUCUGCCUCGAAUCCUGCAUCGCCGCCCGCGGCCACUCGCUCCUCCCCCCAGGUCUCCAACAAAGUGAGGGCCCUCGCCGAGCGCUUCGAGCAGUCGCCCACCAGCAGCUCGACGGCGACGUCGCCUGCCGUCCGCUCUCGCUCCAGGACGCCGAGCCGGGCUGGGGCGGGCACGCACGACGUCGCCCGGCGUGCGCAUGCCUCGAUCUCGUCGACAGCAUCGGCUGCACGCCCGAGCAAAGAGGCCUCGUACGGGCCGCACAAGUUCAACAACCUCAAGCCGCGAGACAGGCCCCAGCCCGCCCCAGCGUCGCCUCGCAACGCGCGCCGCACGAAUGGCAGCCGGAGCAGCAUCGACCACCACGUCUCGUCGACGCCCAAGAAGGUGACCUCGCCGAAUCGGGCGUCUGCACCCAGCGGGCGGCAGCUGUUUGGCGAAGUGCUGACGGGACAGGACGUGCUCUCGCCAGGCUUCGGGAUUCCCGUUCUCGACAGCACGCACGGCGACGCUGCACCCGCGGCCGCCUUCACCAGCCCGCACCAUGGCCGCUCUGCCAGCGCGGCAACCUCAGCCUUCGCCGACGACAUGCAACACGCCGCGCGCGCACAUGCGCAAGAACAAACUCCUGCACGGUCGCCCCAACGACACACGCCGCGUUCGAGGAUACCCGUAGCGACACGGCGUUUGAGCGCCGGCUCCGACUCCAACUCGUCGACGCGCUCCGUCAAGUACACCCCAACCCGCGCCAUGAACCACAGCAACCGCGCCUCGCCCACCCGGAUGGACAGGGUACUGGCUGCAGCGGCUGUCGCUCCAGUCUCCCGGGGCACAGACCAGUCCACGCUCCCCGCAUUAGCCUACCGUGGAUAUCGCGAGCGAGGGAAGUCGCCCUUGGGUGCCAGGAGCGGACCAAGUGUGUCCGCUGUCGUCAAUGCCCCGCCGCACCCGACGUCGCCUCGCCUGCGCAACUCGAGAGAACGCCAGCCGCUCCAGCCCUCGCCCGCUUCCCACUCGACAGGCACCGGCCCCCAUGGUGAGCAGGAGUACUUCCCACUCGCGAGCAGCUUCGACCCGCCCCAAGAGCAACUCGCGGGGCUGCCUGGCGUUGCUGAGAUCGAGCAAUCCCAUGAGACCCGUGCGCAGACGCAGGGCCAGCGCAUGUCGCGCGACGAGCACUCGUCACCCUCGCCCGAACAACAGCGUCUGAGCCUCCAGACGUCCAGCCUAACGGUACCGCCGCUCGAGCAGCCAGCAUCAGCCGUGACCGACUUCGACGAAUCGCCUGUACUAGGGCUUCCAGGAAGCUUUGUUCUUACGCCGCCGACCGCACACCAGGAGCCGGACCACCAGCUCUUGCAACCGCACGUCUUCCACCCGCCGCCGCAAAGGACUGCUCCUCCCCCGCAGCGGCCUGCUCCACAAUCCCCUGAAAUGGAGCAGUCAGAGCUAGGCGUUCGGGAAUCAAUACCCAUCAUGCUCAGCGAGGAGCCGCCGUCACACUCAUGGGAGCCCGACUCCGAAAGCUUCAGCGCAGGCCUUCAGGCUCUAUCGUAUGGGUAUAGUUCUGAUCAAACACACGAUGCUAGAGAUAUGCCAUCUAUCUCUCGCCACGAUACAAAAGGAUCGCCAGGAGAUUCGCUUCCUAAGCGUGACACGCUGUAUCCGGAUGACUCUGCCAGCCUUGGUCCCUAUAGAACACUCGGAUCGCUGACGCUGAACACGGAGACGUACAGCGUCGUAAACUCAGUCUUGAACAUGUACCAUCAAUCGCCGGUUAUUUCCCCAGAGUUGGCGUCGGUGUCGAAGGAAAGGGUGCAGCAGGUCUCGCCCGUCAUUGCACAGCACAAAGAUUGGGCCUCGAAAGAGUCUACAGAGACGUACCUCGCUCGACUGUUAAGUGACGCCAAUGGCUCGAAACAUGACAAGUCGAGGCGCGAGCCCAUGAGAGUGGCGUCCCCGUCACGCCCGGAUUCAUACACACCACAGCUGCACCAGGAAUCGCCAGAAGUUGAUGGCGGCGGCACGGCAAUCAUCUAUACUUCGUCCUCGCGACGUUACUCACAAAAUUCAGCAGGUUCCACCACCACGACCAUCCAGGAGGAUGCGUCUCAUUCCGGCAGUUCUUCUGGAGACCCUUCUCACAACGCGCUAUCACGAACCUCAACGGAUGAGCACAAAUCUGUCGCAACCAACCGCAUUGAGCUCCCACAACUUGCUUGGACGAAUGGCGGACUCGGACUUGACUUACAGCACAGUAUGCCGCAUUCACUUCCGGCGCCUCCCCGUCCCAACUAUUCACCACCGCCCCCACCCGUGAACCCAUCCAUCGACCAACAACUCUCCUCUCGCCCAAAUGCCUACAACGUUGCGCCACAACAUCAACAGCUUUCACGCCCGAUGCUCAACGACGACAAGUUCGAAAUGCAUCCCGCACGAUCACGUACUCCCGUUCUUCACGUUCAAGAACAGAGUCUUGAGGAUCGAUACGGUACCCCACAGCCUAUUGAGAGUACUAUUGAUCUACCAAGUGAAGCCGAGAAAGGUGAAGACGGCCAACCUGAUCCUGCCAGGCAAGCUUUGAUAAAGCGAUAUCGCACGCUGGAAGAGCUGCUUACAACAGAACAUCAAUUCUGCAUAGAUAUGAUGAUCGCGCACAACAUCUUCGAGGCGACCGCGCAGAAUAUGAUGAGCGAGAAGGAGAAGAGGUUGCUGUUCAGCAACUGUAAAGAACUGGAGAAGUUCUCUUUGUCGCUGUUCCGUGCAUUCAAGAAGGCUGCAAAGCCCAUCGUCAACUAUGAGAUACCACCUCCAACCGGACCCUGGAACCGUGACUCCUCUGAUGGUAAAUCGCACGAUUCUGGAGAAUCACCGAUGCAUGCUCGGCGACCAUCUGAAGACUCGCCGAAUCAGUUUGAGAAUUGCACUCUGGAGAAUGAUCGAUUGACCACCAUUGGUCAAGUCUUCUUGGACAACAAGGAGAAGAUGGAAAGACUUUACACGACAUAUUUCCUGAACCAGGACAAUGCCAGCGCUUUCAUCAAGAAGAAUCAAGGAAAUGAGGCGUUAUCUGGAUGGGUGACUGCUUGCUUCGAGCAAGUGGAAAACAUGACUCAAGCGUGGGAUCUGGACUCAUUAUUGUUGAAGCCGUGUCAGCGCUUGUUGAAGUAUCCGCUGAUCCUUCAGUCCUUGCAAGAGAUCACCGACCCGGACCAUCCCGAUCUACCGAAGAUCAAAGAAGCUUUCGAAGAGUUGAGAGCAAUGAGUCAGCGCAUCAAUCAGGCCAAAGCCCGUUCUGAUACCUUCCGUGCUGCUGCUUCGGAGGGCAAGAAAGAGAAGAAGAGCGGCCUGGGCAAGACUUUUGUCAAGGCUUUUAUCCCCAAGGUCGACAAGAGUAAAGCGUACGACGAGGCCGACAAGACUUUCAAAGACCAGGACUACAAGUCGAAAGAACAGAAGUUCGGUGGGCACUUUUUCCAGCUUCAGAUCGUCAUUCGCGAUUUUGAACAGUAUCUUGAUUCGAUCACCGAGCAUUACCUUCAGCUUAACAUCGUAUUUUUGGGCUUCAUCACGGUCUGUGAGGUAGCACCAUCCGUAUAUCCGGAGAUUGAGAGCACAUGGCGGAAAUGGGCAAUGGCUCAUUUUGAGCUGCAAAACAAGGCAUUGGAAGAUCACAAAGCUGCCGUUCGAAGCCGUGUCCUAAAGCCCGUCGGCGAUCUAUGGGAGAUGUGGGUGUCGUAUCAGAAGACUAUCGAGCAGCGCAAAAAGUACCUGCUAUACUACGUUAAGCAUAAACAAGCACUUGACCGUGGCGAAAAAGUCGACCCAGACCUAGAAGAGUCAUCCAAAAAGUUCAGCACGAUCAACGACACACUCAAACACGAACUACCACUUCUGUAUGAAAGAACAAAGGGUCUUAUGCGCACGCUCAUGACUCUGUUCAUGUGUUUGCAAAAGGACUGGUACAAGACUUGCUCGAAGAAGAUUCUCCCACUGCUUGAGAGCGAGCCGCAACACACGACAUCUCUUCGAUACGACCUCGAAUCGUACGUCGAACGCUUCCACUCGGACUACAAGCCGAUGCAGGAUCUUGCGAACAGAUUGGGUAUCAUCAACAGGAAUCUCCUGGUCGACAUUUCCAACAUGACGUCUCCUGUUCCAACACUCUCUUCCGACGGCGGCGGCGGCUCGUCCCGCAACUCAUCGUCGCGUCGUACUGAGUCUAUCGGGAGCGAAGCAUCAAUGCUUGACUCGAAAACGCGGAAUAGCGGCGGUUAUGCACCCCGAUCACAUCCGCGGAGUCUCGAUAACCCGCCACGCUCAUCCCCUGCAGGGCCAGCGUACCCCUCUCUCUACCCACCCAAUGGAUCAGGUCGGGCUGGCCCUGGACCUACAUCAUUACGGGAAGCACGCGCACUCAGUCCUGUGUCUGACAACAGUGACUCUACCAUAGUGCGCAAAGAGCGACGCAACACCGGUCCUUCUCGCAACAGCCACAACUACAUGGGUCUCGACGGAGCAGUAGACAUAGAGCACUCGCCACUGAGUAUCAACGCAUUCGACUUCCCACCGCAACUAGGCCCGUCUUUCCUCUCACCCUCGCAACCCAUUACCCACACAUUUUCCGCGCCCACCUCUCAGCCACCAUCAUUACCGGGAUCCACACGCGCAUCCGGUGUCUUCAACUCUGCGCUGCCGAUGUCAGAUUCACCUCUUCGUGGCAGCGUCGAAGACCUCCCCACCACACCCGCCGAUACCGACGAGCCAGAGGUACUCUUCCUGGCAGCCAGUCUCUUCGAGUUCAACAUCGCGCACGAUCGCCGCGAAGGCGGAAUACCAUACCUUGUGUAUGUGCCUGGCGAGAUAUUCGAUGUCAUCGGCAUGAAGGGUGAGCUAUGGCUCGCGCGAAAUCAAGACGACCAAACGAAGACAGUGGGAUGGAUUUGGGAAAAGCAUUUUGCGCGCAUUUUACCCGAAGAUGCAUAG